GCAUGUGGUUUCCAAGAACCUUGAUGACCUGACUCCAGCUCUGUAGCCCUCAUUUCUUACCCUUGAACCCUGGGUUCCAGUCACUGUGGGUUUCUUCUCUGCAUUAGUGUAUGCUGCACAGUGCAGGCCUCUGUGACUAUGGUCACUGCCCUCUUUUCUUCCCCUUUUUGCCCAUAAGAUGCCCACUUUCUCUUCCUCAACACAUUCUCUUCUGUGCUUCCGAAGUAUUGUCAUCUCUCUCUCAUAGCACUUAACACAUUGAAGCUUUUUGAGGGCAAGAACCUUGUCUUAUCUUCAUAUAAACUUCUAGAACAUAAUAUGUGCUAAAGAAAAUUUUAAAAUAAAUGAAUGCGUUGGUGCUCGGCUCCUUUGUAUCUGUCUAAUUUCUGCACUCGAAUGCACGAAAGGUAAAUAGGGUUUUUUUCCUCAUCUUCAAGACCUGAAAGUCUGUGGUGUAUACUUUAAAGGAACCAGCCUAAGUGUUCAGUUACAUGGCAUUCUUAUCCAUCUUCCAGGGGAGUUGGUAAGUACCAAAUGCAACGCCACGGAUGUCAUUUUGGUCACAGAACCAUUGUUGGCUCAACCCAUCUUCUGCUUAUUUUAAAAUAUUUUCUGAAUAAAGAUGAAGAGCAUGGUCUUUGGCUUCAGAUAGCCUGGGUUUCAAAGCAGACUUUUUUUAAAAAAUUAUUUUUGGCUGAGUUGGGUCUUGGUUGCUGCGCGUGGAUUUUCUCUAGCUGCAGCGAGCAGGGGCUUCGUUGUGGUGCGCGGGCUUCUCAUUGCGGUGGCUUCUUUUGUUGUGGAGCACCGGCUCUAGGUGUGCGGGCUUCAGUAGUUGUGGCACGUGGGCUCAGCCGUGGUGGCUGGCAGGCUCUAGAGCGCAGGCUCAGUAGUUGUGGCACAUGGGAUUAGUUGCUCUGCGGCAUGUGGUCUCUUUCCGGACCGGGGCUCGAACCCAUGUGCCCUGAAUUGGCAGGCGGAUUCUUAACCACCGCGCCACCAGGGAAGCCCUCAAAGCAGACUUUCAUACUUACCGGCUUUUGGAUUUUUUAAAUCAUUAAUUAAUUAAUUAAUGGCUGUGUUGGGUCUAUGUUGCUGCGCGAGGGCUUUCUCUAGUUGCGGCGAGCAGGGGCUAUUCUUUGCGGUGCGCGGGCUUCUCAUUGUGGUGCCUUUUCUUGUUGUGGAGCACAGGCUGUUGGUGCACAGCCUUCAGUAGUUGUGGCAUGCAGUCUCAGUAGUUGUGGCUCACGGGCUUAGUUACUCCAUGAUCUGUGGGACCUUUCCGGACCAGGGUUUGAACCUGUGUCCCCUGCAUGGGCAGGUAGAUUCUUAACCACUGCGCCACCAGGGAAGUCCCUGGCUUUUGGAUUUUUAGGCUUAGUUAUGUCACCUGAAAAAUGGGAAUAAUAUGACAGGCCGAGAGUUAUUAUGAGAAUUCAGUGAGACAAUGUACAGCACCUGGCACAUGGAAAAACGCUCAGUAAACGGUAGUUAUUAGGCUUAGUAUGUCUCUGUACCCCGAGGGUAGCCACAGUCGCCCUACGGAACUUCUGAGGGUAAAGCUCGGCCAAAGAGGAUGGAUUUAGGGCCCAGGAUGGUGAUGGCGAUGGUUGGGGGGGCCAAGUACUGCCUAGGCUAUAUUCCUCUUCUCAGGGCCCCCACCCUGUCCUGGGCUAUACAGCCCAGCUCGGGACCCACUUUCCCCGGCCGGGGCCGCCCUGGAGAUCUGAGGCUGCAAACGCGGCGGGGGAACCUAGUGUGGGCGGAACUCGAGUGCAGCGGCGGGAGGCUUCCGGGGGAGCCGCAAGGGCAACGGGUCGGCGGAGGCAGAAAAGCGUCGGACGCCGGGCCGAUCAUGGACGCUUGACAACCUGCGGGCAGGCGCCGGGAGGCCAAGCCAGCGACCGAGAGGACGGAGAGGCGGCGAGGACAGAUCUCAAGACCAGAGAAUGGCAGGCGAACAGAAACCCUCAAGUAACCUCCUGGAACAGUUUAUCUUACUAGCCAAAGGUACCAGUGGCUCAGCCCUCACUGCUCUCAUAAGCCAAGUUUUGGAGGCUCCUGGAGUAUAUGUCUUCGGAGAACUGCUGGAGCUGGCCAAUGUGCAGGAGCUUGCAGAAGGAGGUAAUGCUGCUUAUUUGCAGUUGCUGAAUCUGUUUGCCUAUGGAACAUACCCAGAUUACAUAGCCAACAAGGAGAGCCUGCCAGAACUGAGCACAGCUCAGCAGAACAAGCUGAAACACCUUACCAUCGUGAGCUUGGCGUCAAGGAUGAAGUGUAUCCCCUACUCCGUGCUGCUGAAGGACCUGGAGAUGCGGAAUCUCCGGGAACUGGAAGACCUCAUCAUCGAGGCUGUCUACACUGAUAUCAUCCAGGGCAAGCUGGAUCAGCGAAACCAGCUGCUAGAAGUGGAUUUCUGCAUUGGCCGUGACAUCCGAAAGAAAGAUAUCAAUAAUAUUGUCAAGACCUUGCAUGAAUGGUGCGAUGGCUGCGAGGCAGUCCUGCUGGGCAUCGAGCAGCAAGUUCUGAGAGCCAACCAGUACAAGGAAAACCACAGCCGAACUCAGCAGCAGGUAGAGGCCGAGGUUACCAACAUCAAGAAGACACUCAAAGCUACUGCGUCCUCCUCAGCUCAGGAGAUGGAGCAACAGUUGGCUGAACGAGAGUGUCCCCCCCAUGCUGAGCAGAGGCAGCCCACUAAGAAGAUGUCCAAAGUGAAAGGUCUGGUCUCCAGCCGCCACUAGGGCCGGCUGGGGCAGCUGGCACUCACCAGGCCUGGGUCAGGUGGGGAGGGGACACCAAGGGCCUAUUUCCUCCCCUCUCUACCUUCCAUGAGUUCCAGACCUGCCCAUCCCCUCACCAGCGCCUCCCCCCACAUUGGUACUGUUCCAGAAGAACCGUUAACUCCCUUCCCUCUCCCACUCCCUCUUCCCCAGUUGCUCCCUUCAGACUCAGGGGCUCCACGGAUGCCAUCCCAACAGGGCCAGACACUGCCCAGCUUCCCUCCAGGAGGUUCUUGUCUCUGUCUAAGGGCUUGUAUCCCUCCCAGUUUUUCUUUUGCUUCGUGUCAUUUUGUCAGGCUGGUCAUAAGCUGGAAGCAGCUUUAACUGGCCCACAGGGAUGACUGCGAAGGAGGCCCCUCUCUGAGUGACGGGAGGCACUCCUUCUCCAGCCCCAUGUGCCACAGUGCCCACCAUGGUGCAGGCGCUCUAGCCAGGUAUCAGAAUGCUUUGUUUUCCCUCUCCUGCCUUAUCCCUUGUUGGCAGCUCAGAUCAGGCCAUGGAGGGAUGUGAUGCUGGGCUAUGUUUACUAAACCUGCGGGUUUUCAGCCUCUUACGCCCAGCUCCAGUCUCUCAUUAGUUGGGAGCACCAGGCUGAUUAACCUCUGGAAUUUGAGCACCCGUAGGGGUCGCUGCGGGUCUGCUGGGUGGCAGAAGUUUCUUCCGGCUUGGUGUUCUCCGCUGGCCUCGCUCCCUGCUGCCUCUGACUACUCAGACUGGUUUUUGGUGUCAAGGCCCCGGCUGCCCACUGGGGCUGUCUGCCAACACUUGUUCUCCCGAGAUCUUUAAUUCUUCCCGGCUGCAUCCGUGGUGGGGAUGGUGGUGUUGAGGCCCCUCUAUCUGGUGAAGGAUCUGUUGCUGCUUCUGUUUCUUUCUUCCCACCCUCCCUGGCUGGUGACCCAGAGCCCUCUGAUGAUGGCAUUCUCCUGGCAAGAGAAAAGGACUUGACUAGCCUUUCUGAACUUGAACAGUUUCAGGUUAUAUUUUAAUUUUUUUUUUUUUUUUUUUUGUACAGGUUCUGAUUCUAAUACAUUUCAACAUGCUUUUUUCCCCCCUCGUGUCAAUAUUUGUUAUAGACUAAUCGCCGGGGAGUUUCACCUGGUUGGAGGGUGGGGUGUGUGUAUGUGUGCGUGUGGUGGUGUUUUUUUUUUUUUUUAAGGGGAGGUGGAGGUCCUGGACUGAUAUUAAAGAGAGAAAAAGCACAUUUUAGAAAACAAAAUAAAAGUAGAUUUAAUGUAUGUGACUGUGGAAUGUGAGGUUGCAUAGCUGGUAGAUCUUGAGGGGCUAGAAUUAGGGUGGUUCAGGGAAAAUGUGAUACUGUUUCAGUGCCAUGGUUAAAAAAUGGAUUUCUCCUUUUUCCAAAAUGUCCAACAGCUGCCUACCAUUGAUCAAAUGUUAACAAAAUACUCUUGUUUCCCUUUUUAUGAUUUAUGUCCCCAUAUAACAUUAUGCCCAGCUGGAGGGUUUAAUUCCCAAAGUAUGUUUCAUGAAACCCUUUGAUAGAUGCUCUGUGGAAAAGGGGUUCUGUUGUUAAAUAAAUUCGGCACAUCCUGCAUCCCAUAUCCUCACUGGAAAUUCAUUGUUAAGGUCUCAAAGAAGGCCUGGGGGAGGAAGCCUGUUCCCAACACUGAUUUCACCACCAAAUCCUUUUUUGGUAAUAUUUAGUGGAACACAUUUUGGGGAAAUUUUUGGAAACGUAUUUCUCAAAAACACCUCCCAGCCUUAUAGGUUUUUCCAGCUAUUCUUUCCAGACAAAACAGUCACUCUCACUCUUGCAAGUGGUCUUCCAUCCUUAUCUUUCCCACUGGGGAGUGGACUAGGUAGGAAGCGUGACUCACUUGUAUGAAAUGUGUGACCACUAGUUGUUUGACUGCCCCAGGCCCUAGGAAGCUCUAGGUUCACCUUCUCCAUGGGUCUGCUGUUCCUUAAAAAAGAGUAAUGACAGUAAUAAGAACAACAUUCAUAAAGUGCUCUACAGAAUGUCUUCAUCUACAAUAAGUCAUUGAAUCCCUUCCACCAAACAAUCUCCUGAGGUUGGUAAGGGUAAGUAUUGUUACAGUCAUCCUCACUUUGCAUGUGAGAAGUACCCUGGUGUUCAGUGGUAAAACGAAGCCUCCUGGAUCUCCUUACUUAUAUGCCCUGCCGUCUUCUCUGUGUUGCAUUCUGAUUUAGAGUUUGCUCCCCAGACUGACCCUUGGUACCCUUCUAGCUGCUUAUUCCUCUGAGGGCUCAUCUUGCUCUUAACUGACACCCAACACAUCGCAGCCUCUGCUUCCCAAACCCACCCAGCCCCUUUAUAUGGAAGCAGAGAGUGUGGCAGUGGGGCUCCAGGAAUUGUGGGAACAGCUGGAAUGUUCUUUGCUCUGUCGGACUCUGGUAGGAGGCUAGGCCUCCGAGCUCUGCAGUUUCCCGUCUAGUAUGCUUGGGUCUGAAAUGUGCAUAGGUGUUUGACAUAAAAAUACAGUGUUCAGAAGAGGUGUCCUCAGCAACAGGGAAGCAUCUUAGGUCAGGAGGGAGACACUGCAGUAUGAACAGUUCGCUUGGUAGCAGUGCUUACCGCCUGGCUCUGGCUACUUUAACUCUAAGCUGUCUGCUCCCUGAGGGCCUGUUUGGCCUUCUUUACUUUCUUUCCAGAUGAGAGGCUUUAUGGUUCUUCUUGGGUAACAUUAGGGAGGUGGUCAAAGCCCCCAAGUACAGGCUGUUGUGUUCCAAAUCCAAGAUGACCACCACUGGUCACGAACUUCCAUCCCCAAACUUUAGAGUGAUAGGGAAGGGUAGUUAUCAAAGAAGCUAAUAUGACAAACAGCUUGUGAUAUUUUACGUAUUUGCUGUUUUCUCUAUCUUUCAUGUGCUGGGUUGCCUGAAACCAAACCACAUUCCAGUUUUUGUACUUAAAAGUCAUUAUUCUCAUA